AUGGCCUGUCUCCACGUCUACAACAUCUCGGGCACGACCGUUCUUGAGCUCGAUGGUGAAGAGCGCAAGAGGUUGCGAUGCGCCACCCACUUUGGAUUGGCUCUAAAGGAGACUAUCCAGAGGCUGACGGGCACACCACGCUUCCGACAGCGAUUGUUCUUCUGUGGUCAUGAGGUCGGGGGGGAGUCUCCACUUCCAGACACAGAACGGAUGGAAUUACAGCUGGUCAUUCUACCACUGCGACAAGAGAAGUCACCUGCUUUGAUCCAUGCAGCACAAUUAGGUGAUCUAACUUCGCUCACAAGCCUUCUGGAGGAUGGGCAAGAUCCGAAUGCGACCAAUGGUCAUUUCAGCCCUCUAUGGGCUGCUGCAUGCCACGGUCGACUGAAAGUGGUGAAGCUAUUGCUGCAAGCACGGGCUGACAUGGAGAUUGCUGAUGUUGAGGAGCAGCGGUCGCCUCUUUUGAUCGCAGCAGAUCAUGGACAUUGGGAUGUUUUACACCACCUUCUCGAAGAACGUGCAAAUGUGAACCACGUCGAUAGCCGACAGAGGACUCCCCUGUUUCAGGCCGCAUUGAUGGGUGCUCAUGCUGCGGUCAAGGCCUUGAUUCAAGCUCAUGCCAAUUUGGAGAAGUCGGUAGACAACGAGAUUCCAUCUCCCCUUGGUGUUGCUGCAGAAACUGGACACUUGCAGGUGAUGCAACUCUUGGUUCAGGCAGGUGCAAAGAAGAACCAGCCUGGCCCCGAGGGGCGCACCCCGUUGUGGUGUGCCGCAGCAUCGAGACACUUGCUCUGCGUCCGUUGGCUUCUGCGGGAAAAAGCUGACCCAGAGCUGGGAGAUCUGGAGGGAAUGACUCCACUCAGCGUGGCAGCUGCACACGGUCGCGUUGAUGUGGCACGGGCUUUGCUGACAGGACGGGCAGAUGUCAAGAUGGUGGAUCACCAAGGCCGCAGCGCUCUGUGGACUGCUGCCUUGAACUGCCAUGUGAAAAUGGUACAGUGCCUCAUCGAUGCAAAUGCUGACAUUGAGAAGGCCGACCAAGAUGGAGUGACCCCGCUCCAGAUAUCCAUGUGUGCAGAGGUUCAACAGCUGCUAUCUGAAGUGCAAGGCCGCUUCUUCUUGGCUUUGCUCGCAAUUUGCUUGUUGUUUGUUUGUACUAGGCAGAGCAAAUAUGUCAAUUCAUGUUGCAUUGACAUGAAUAUUGAUAAAUAUUUGAAAUCUCGCCACAGAAUUUCUGUUAUUAAGAGAAAGAAUCUAAAUUGACAAAAAAUUACAAUCUGCGAAUUGGUUGUAUCAGGACAUACCGAUGAUAA